CUCUUCUCUCUAUUAUCUCUAUAUCUCUUUCUUCUCUAUUUCUCUCUCUCAAAUAAUCUCUGACCCUCAACUGGAACCCACUGAAUUUCCCCUGAAUCUCACCCUCUUUGCUUAGAGCUUCUUCUCUCUUAAAUUUACUUUACCUUUAACACACUUCUUUAUUUUUACCCUCAAUUUUGCAAAAAGCAACAGUGUUUUCUGUUCAAUGGCUGUGCUUCCGGUUGAUGCUUUACCGGUGGGGUAUAGAUUCCGGCCGACCGACGAGGAGCUGAUCGAUCACUAUCUGAGGCUUAAAAUCAAUAGGCGGGAUAAGGAAGUCACUGUUAUUCGUGAGAUUGAUGUUUGUAAAUGGGAGCCCUGGGAUUUACCUGAUUUGUCUGUGGUAGAGUCUACUGACAAUGAUUGGUUCUUCUUCUGCCUGAAAGAUCGGAAAUAUCAAAAUGGUCAGAGAUUGAACCGGGCCACAGAGAAAGGUUACUGGAAGGCAACGGGUAAGGAUAGGACUAUAACUACCCGAAAGGGAGUAAAGAUUGGGAUGAAAAAGACCUUGGUUUUCUACAUCGGUCGUGCACCCGAUGGAAAGAGGACCAACUGGGUGAUUCACGAGUACCGUGCUACGGAUAAGUCUCUGGAUGGCACGCAUCCUGGCCAGGGCGCCUAUAUACUCUGCCGUUUGUUUAGAAAGGCUGAGCUGAAACAAGAUGAAGUUGAAGAGAUAAUUGCUUCUCCUCCUGAACAUGAACAAUUAGAAUUGGUGAGUCCCAGUUUAGGCGGCGGUGCUGAACCACAACCUUCUAGUGCUGGAAGCCAUCGGAACAUUAGUACCCAGAAAGUUGUAGGUGGCACUGCUAUACCUAUUGAUUGGCAGAAUAACUGCGGCAUUGCUUAUGAGAUUGAGGACAAUGUACAAGACAUUAAAUCUAUUCCUCCUAACCCUGAACUGGAGAAGCUGUUGGAUGAGUUUUGUUACCCUGUGCGGACUACAGACGGGAAAAUGUUUUCCCCAUUGCAUUCCCAGAUGCAGUCAGAGCUUGGAAACCCAUACUUCUAUAACAACAUUAAUGGUGAUAUCAGCGAUAGUCAACAAACAUUCCCGUUCCAGUAUGGAACCAAUGCUACUGACGAUAUUGAAAAGUUCUUGAGCUCUGUUUUUGUUGAUUUUGAGUCGGAGGGUCAGGUGUCUCAGAAACAGGGUGAUCUGUUUAUGCUACCAGUUGAGUCGUUCGAGGACAAUAUCAAGCAAGAAUCUCCAUUCCAGAGUGAAGUUUCUUCUGAAAUGCUAGCUGUUGAUCAAGAUGGCCAUAGUUCUUAUGUUAGCAAUGGUCACGACCAGGGGAACUUGGGUUACGCAACUAACCUCUUUGGAUUGCCAAAUGAUUCCUCAACUCUAGCUUCUGUCAAUUACAUCGGACACGUGUCAAACGUUGAAAACACUGGUCUCUAUAGCCCUGCAGUGGAAGCCACGAAUUCCGGAACUGGCAUUGUGAUAAGGAAACGUCAGAUUCCUAAUCAAAGCACCGUGCAGCACACUGCAUCAGGCACUGCUCCAAGAAGAAUUCGUCUGCAGAGUAAAUUUCAAGUUGGAUCGGUUGAGUGUGGCCUUCUUAACGAGCCAACUAAAUCUAAAAUAAAGCAAGAAGACGACACAGCCCAGGAUGAUGGAAAGGCUUCUACGGUCUCUCCUGAUGAAUCGAGGGCUUCAACUUCUGUUGAUGCAAAUACAGAUGGGAACUCAAAUGACACAAGCACAAACCCAAAGGCCAAAGCUGAAUCACCAUAUGAUAAAUCAGAAGAUACUGUUUCACAGCGCUCCGGUUGUGCACUUUCAGUUUCAUCAUCGAGAUACAUGCCUAAGGUAGUCAUGGCCAUGAGUCUCAUAGUCAUGCUUCUUGCUGUGUGGGCAUUUUCUACCUAUAAAUGAAACUAACUAGAAAGUAAUCAACUCUUUUUUGUUUAGUUCGAUAGUUUAACACCGGAGCCUGAUAUUUUGUCGUUUUAAAAAAGCUAAAUGUUAUGCCUGGAUGCUUCGAAUUUGUUUAUUGCUUAGCUUUAUGGUUUAUCGUUUAUGUACAUGGUUUUGUAACAUAUAUCAGGGAUUACUUUUUUUGUCCUAUAUGUUUAUAGAGAGAUUUACAGGAUACAAUUGUGGUUUUUUGUGAUUGCUAGGUGUUAAUGCUGCUUUCCUUGUAGAUGUUGUCUUGGAUGGUGGAGGCUACAUUCUUUCUCAGAUGGUUCUGUGAAAUAGAAAUUUUGUAACAAUUAGAUUUUGUGAAUAGAAAUUUCAAGUUUCUUUC